AUGAUGGAUUAUACAACAGCAGAAAAGCAGGCCUUGAUGAAGUACGCCCACACACAGCGGGUGGUAGAGGACGCCGACGCCGAAAUCGCACUCAACGAGACGCAUACUCGUAUCUACACAUCAAUUCAUGACUACAUGACGAAACAUCCCGCGGGCGCCAAUUCCACAAGAGGGGCAAGAUUAUACGGAAGAAUCGAUGAUUUCAUCCGAAAGUCCUUAGAAGACCUGAUUAACAGCUCUGAAUUGACGGACGCAUUGAAAAUAAUCCAUAUCGUGGAGGAUCGGGCUUUUCAAAUGUGUCACCCUAGGGUGUUGAGUCCAUUACGAUACCUGGAUGUCCAUUUUGUCCGACGCACCGAGGACGAAGGUCAUAAGAUCCGUCCAAGCCAAGACUUACUCGCACAUCUGACACGGACAUACUUCAUUCCACAAGUUGGAAUGAAAGUAGCAAAGGCAACAUGCUCUCUCACUUUGACUCAACCCUCUGUUUUACUCUUCUCAACACCUUUUGUCAGGAGUAUGAUGCUCAGCCAGCUCGACGUUGAUAAGAUUUCUGAACUCGAAAGACGGACUACAAAACGCCCUGUGUACUGUUGCACUAGUGUUCUUGAACAAUCUGCAUCUACAAACUCUUUCUCCAGUUGGUUUCCCGGAACUCACCACUGGGCCAUACAGAUUGGUGCUCAAGAUCCCCCCACUACAACUGGAAUCCAAGAAACAGAGCGUCAAAUGGCAGAAACCGAGGCAGAACAGAGUCCAAUGAUCUUGGAGCUGGAAAGAGAUGGCAGAGAGAUCAAGUCUAGAGUAACUUAUGGUCCGAGACAGUCCGCCUCUGAGCAUUUCCUCGGCUACACAAUGCACUCUAAUAGAGACAUCGAGUCGUUUGCAAACGACGUGAUUGGCACCAUGCGUCCCGAUUACCAUAUCGCGGCAAACAAUUGCCAGGUAUUUUGUCAAAGUCUUGUCAAUUGUAUUCUCAUUCCAAGAACAGGCUUAGAAAUCCUUUACGGACAACAUAUGCUCCCUGGUCCAGCACGAAAUCUGGUUAUUCAUUAUCGUUUCUGGGACUACGUCCUAGCCACCGAGAAAGAUGAAAUGGCCCGUCAAUGUUUCCCAUUCUCUGCGCAAACUCUAUCAUCUGGUGCCAUCGACGUUAUGAGUGCAUAUACAUUGAUUGCCAGCUGCAAUAAGGAUCAGAAAAUGGUAUUCUUCAUAUUGCUUGCCAUGCUUGGAUUGAUGGGAUGGAACAGUGAUGUCGGUCCCUUUCGUCAUCUAUCUACAAUGAUAAGGAACCGAGACAAGGAGUUGGAAAGACUUUUCACUAUCGUGUACCAAGCAAAAAUUGUUCGAGAUGGUCAUCUCCUAACUGAAGCAUAG